UCCUCCUACUACCACCUCCCAGCGUGCCCACGCCGCUGCCGCGCGCCGCGUCGUAAUGGCCGACGAGCACUUCUUCCCCGAAGAAGACUUCACCUCCGGCCUCGGCGCCGCGCCGUUCUUCGGCUCCAGCUACUCGCCACCAGGGCUCGACGUCGCAGCGUGCGCCGCCGUCAUGGCGCCGGCGGCCUUCGGGAUGCUGCCGUGGACCGAUCUGCAGCUGCCUGCGGACCCCUCCGCCACCACCGCGCACUUCGACUCCGCGCUCAGCUCCCUCGUCUCGUCGCCGGCCAACUCGAGCGCCUGCGGCGACGACGUGGCCAUCGGCGAUCUCAUCGGCCGGCUCGACAGCAUCUGCAACGCUGCCAAUGCAAACAACUCCUGCUACAGCACGCCGCUCAGCUCCCCUCCCGGCGGCGGGCCGGCAGCCUUGGCCUGCCGGGGCUACCUUGGCGCCGCCCUCGAGACCGGCAGGCUGUCCCGGGUCGCCAGCAGCAAGUCGCUCGUCGCCGCUCCCGUCGCGACGCCGCCGGCAUUGGAGAACUCUGAGGUGGAGACUUGCCCCAAGAUGGGCAGUAACACCGAAAUGCCGGGCUCGCCGGCAAAGGGCGACGGCGCCGCGCGGAAGCGCAUGGCCUCGGCAAAGGGCAAGGCCUCUUCUUCAGCCAUGACGGCGGCAACCAAUGCGAGCCCGAAGCGGUGGAAGGUCGCGGACGGCGGUGACAAAGGCAACGGGGAGACUGCCGCCGCCGCAGAAGCAGAGGAGAAGAAGGCGGCGGCACCGGAGCCGACCAAGGACUACAUCCAUGUGAGGGCUCGGAGGGGGCAGGCCACCGAUAGCCACAGCCUCGCCGAGAGGGUGAGGAGGGAGAAGAUAAGCGAGAGGAUGAAGCUGCUGCAGUACCUCGUGCCAGCCUGCAACAAGAUCACCGGGAAGGCUCUGAUGCUGGACGAGAUCAUCAACUAUGUCCAGUCGCUGCAGCGCCAGGUCGAGUUCCUAUCGAUGAAGCUGGCGACGAUGAAUCCUCAUCUGUACCUGGAUGCGCAAUACCUGCCCUCCAACAACGAUGUGCAAUACACGCCCUCCGACCAGCCGGCGUUCUCCUACGCCGACCCGUCCGCCGCCGCCAUCCACCCGGCGCUGGAAUCGUGCACCAGCGGCGAAUGGUUCAGCUGGGAGUCGGCACAGGACCUCCAGAGCACCAUGCACCACCACAGCAUGGCCUCCGGCCACGGCCACGGUCACGACCAGCCGCCUUCGCCGCACCCUCACCACGGUUUCUACGGCAAGUGAAAUGAAAUAUUUGAAAACCAACAUACUACGAUUAGCGUUUUUGUCAAUGUUUUGUUGAGUGCUCCUGUUUGUCGUAACUGAUGAUGAUGAUGCAGGAGGAGGACAGCAGCAGACGGCGGCGACAGUAAAGCACAUGAAGGUUGAGCCAUAAAUGUGCGUGCGCCGUCGUCGUCUGUACAUACGCCAGCCACCGUACCGUACCACCCCAUUUUUUUCUCUCCUCUCCUCUGCGCCACCAGCAGCAAUGGCAAGUGGGGCCCACCGAGGUCACCGUUCCAGGCUUUUUUUUUUUCAGAUGCUGCGUUGCAUUGGCAAGGGCAGGAUGGAGGGAGGCCUCUUUCUGUGUGAAAUGAGACAGUGCACGAUGAGUGGCUGCAUGGCCUAUCUGUAGAAAGGACUGUACGGUAAUAGCCUGGAAAUGGCCGUGGAAUGUUUUGCAGAGUGCAACCAAGGAUCCAUCACCCUCCAUUAUUAGUUGGAAUUAUUUUCUCUUUUUGAAGACUAGGCCGGCAAUGCUCUUUUGUGCUGAGCUCGUUACUUGCCUUUGAUUCACAAUUUGCGUAUGAAUGGAUGAGUAAUCAUGACUGUUAA